UAUUUGUUUUUUGGAUUUGGAAACCAUUUUUAAAGGGGGGGAAAUAAAAGUUAGAACAGAUUAUCUUUAUCCUUUUAGCCUUUGGGUACCCCUCUGUGUGGCAGUGCAUCUUCAUCUGAAGUGAGAAGCUAAACUCAAGGGUCAAAAAGAGCACAGGUUAGUCAUGACAUCUUCAUUCUCAACGCAGUUGGUGCAAAGUCAGAACCUACCUCCUCGUUUUCAUCGCCAUGUCCAGGGGAAUUUUAGCCAAGAUGUGUCAAAGGUUUCAAUGACACAUGUGGUCCGUAGCAGUACCAAAUCACAGCUUGGUUACGGUAAAACGUUGGCAUCAAGAUCUCACUAUGCUGCCAGAUUUUCAGUCUCACGACAAUCUGAAGCAAAAUCAAUCACAUAUAGGAGAAUGACAUGUACUAAUGCUAAGGAAAAUGUUCUACAGCUGCAAGCCAAAGUGACAAACAAGUGCUUCUUUGAUGUAGAAAUUGGGGGUGAACCUGCUGGCAGAGUUGUUUUCGGCCUAUUUGGAGAAGAUGUUCCUAAAACAGUUGAAAAUUUCCGGGCUUUAUGUACAGGAGAGAAAGGAUAUGGCUACAAAGGGUCCUACUUCCAUCGUAUAAUACAAAAUUUCAUGGUUCAGGGAGGGGACUUCACUGAAGGAAAUGGAACUGGUGGAAUCAGUAUCUAUGGUGAUAGCUUUGACGAUGAAAAUUUUAACUUGAAGCAUGUGGGUCCUGGAGUUUUGAGCAUGGCAAAUGCGGGUACUAAUACCAAUGGCAGUCAAUUUUUUAUCUGCACUGUACAGACUCCAUGGUUAGACAAUCGCCAUGUUGUGUUUGGACAUGUCAUUGAUGGAAUGGAUGUAGUGAGGACACUUGAAUCGCAGGAGACAGGCAAGUUUGAUAACCCUCGGAAGCCAUGCAAAAUUGCUGAUUCUGGGGAGCUGCCUAUAGAUAGUUGAUCUUUGCACUGAAGUGCAGUACAAUUUUCUGACUAUCAAUCACAGUUUUUGGUUGAGAAGGGUGUUGAGGGAUAUGGAUAUCUGCAAUGUUUUACAUGUUUGUAUUAUCAUUGAUACUGGCUGAAGGAGAAAUCGAAUGUUACUACUAGUGCAUUUAGUUAAUUACCAUUGUUCUGAGAGAUACAACACCCAUAUUUUGUAUUACCAAACUGUACGAAAACCCUUAUUUAGUAGAUGAGUAGAUGUUUUUCUCUCAAAUUUUUA